GCAACUUUCGAGUCAUCUUGAAAUUUGCUUCAUCGACGUUUCCUUGAACUUUGACCCCUCAGACUGUAACCUUCAGUGUACAUGUGUGAAAAUAGAAGCGACGCACUGUCUCUCUGAGCCGUGUGUCAUAAUAAAAUGGCUAAAUAUCUGGCUCAGAUCAUAGUGAUGGGAGCGCAGGUGGUGGGACGUGCGUUUGCUCGCGCUUUACAACAAGAAUAUGCAGCCAGUCAAGCGGCGGCGCGAGCCAGAGGCCGUGCGGGUCAGCAGUCAGCCGCGGCCUCGAGCAUCACGGGAAUGAGCCUGCAGGAGGCCCAGCAAAUCCUCAACAUCUCCACGCUCACCCCUGAGGAGAUUCAGAAGAACUACGAGCACCUUUUUAAAGUCAAUGACAAGUCGGUGGGCGGCUCAUUUUACCUUCAAUCAAAAGUGGUGCGGGCUAAGGAGCGUCUGGACGAAGAGCUGAGUAUUCAGACGGAACAGAGUCAACAAAAGCAGCAGUCGCAGCAGAACACGGAAACAUGAAGGACGAAGCGACGCGUCCCGCCCCGUCCCUCCUCUCCCCGUCCUCUGUAAAUUAUAACCCCAAUAAAAGCCGUCUCCUUUUCUCUA